AUGGAGGACUUCGGGUCAGCCCUGGAAAAAAAUGUUGCCGAACUUACGGUAAUGGACGUGUACGACAUUGCUGCGGUGGUGGGUCAGGAGUUCGAGCGGAUCAUUGACCAGUACGGCUGCGAGGCGCUGUCCCGUCUCAUGCCCAAAGUGGUGCGCGUCCUUGAGAUCCUGGAGGUGAUGGUCAGCCGCAACAGCAUCAGCCCAGAGACCGAAGAGCUGCGACUUGAGCUGGACAAGCUGAGGAUGGAGAGGAUAGAGCGGCUGGAGAAGGAGAACAAGCACAGAAAGGAACUAGAGCUAGUCGAGGAUGUGUGGAGAGGGGAGGCUCAAGACCUGCUUUGCCAAAUCGCUCAGCUGCAGGAGGAAAACAAAACUCUCCUUACAAACCGCUCCAGCAAAGACCCACUGAGCGAGGAGGACUUACAGAGACAUGAGGGUAUGACGGAAAGAGAGAGGCAGGUAAUGAAGAAGUUGAAAGAAGUAGUCGACAAGCAGCGUGAUGAGAUCCGUGCCAAAGAUCGCGAGAUCACUCUAAAAAACGAGGACAUUGAAGCACUCCAACAACAACAGUCUCGUCUCAUGAAAAUAAACCAUGAUCUGCGACACAAAAUCUCAGUGAUGGAAACUCAGGGAAAAGCAAUGAUUGAGCAGAAGGUGGAACUGGAGGCCGGCGCUCAGACACAGUCACAGGAAGUCAAUGCCCUGCGACAGGAAGUUGCACUUUUAAGGGAACAUCUACAACGAGGUCUUCCGGUGCCGGAUCCCGAGGACUCCAAGCCUUUGCCACCUUCUCCAGCAGAGAUAAAUAAAGCUUGCAUAGGGGCACGAGCUAAGAGCUGUUCAGAAAGAGGCGACCCUGCAGAAGGGGAGGGCUUCGACCCUGAAACCUUCAGUUCAGAAGGACAGAAUUCUGGGGAGGAGGAGGAGGAAGAGGCCGUCUUAUUUUGGGAGGCACUAUAUGGGGAGGACCAUGGGACUCUGGACCCAAAGGACCCCAACCGGCCACGGUUUACUCUGCAGGAGUUACGGGACGUCCUCCACGAGAGAAACGAGCUCAAGGCCAAAGUCUUUAUGUUACAAGAAGAACUUGCCUACUACAAAAGUGAAGAGACUGAAGAGGAGUUUGUUGUCUCUACUCCCUCACCUUCUCCUGAUCCGAGCUUGCGCUCUUCUGUCCCACCAGAGUCCGGAAUCAAACGCCUGUUUAGUUUCUUCUCACGAGACAAGCAAAGGAGCUCCCAGCGGAGCGUGUCGAUCGGCGGAGGUUUAGGCGCAUGGCCAAGGAGGGAUGAUGAUUAUACUGAGCAAGCCCAGGAGGCAAUACAGCAUUUGUAG